CGACCGUCCCCCCGCCCCGCGUCCUUCUCCCUCGCUCUCUUUCCCCUCCCAACCUCCCCUCCGAAGCAAGAAUCACCAGAGGAGCCCGGCCCCGGACCCCGGACCCCGAACCAAGCCAACCAGGUGCGGUGCGGGCGUGAGCGGCGGCCAUGGCGUACUACGGCGACCGGCGCCCGGAGUCGUCGAUCGUGGAGGCGUUCACGCUGUCGCCGCUGCCGUACCCGGUGAUCCUGAUCCUGCUCAUGGUCUCGCUCCUCCUGGGCGUCUCGUGGUUCUUCACCUACGAGGACUUCAUCGAGGAGGCGGCGGAGCAGUUCAGCUGGGCGCUGCUGGCCGUGCCCAUCGCGCUCGUGCUCCUCAUCCGCUGGAUCUCCUCCGUCGACUCCUUCGACGGCUACUUCUUUGGCUUCUUCCCCAGCGAGCGCCGCUGGAGGCCCGGCUACGGGAGCGCCCCCGCCGAGGGCAGCUCGCCCUGGGGCGUCGCCAUGCUCGUCCUGCUCCUCAUCGUGCUCGCGAGCUUCCACGAGACCAUCCGGGACAUGUGGCGGCCAUGACCGAAUCCAUCCGCCCUCGUCUGUCCUGACGACCUCUAGUGCUCAAUUUCUCAUGCUUUUUCUUGCGCGCUUGGCUGAUCGCUGAUCCUAUAUGUUUCUACGCGCGCAUGCAUGUUUCUACGCGCGCUUGUACUUCUUGCUCCAUCGGUGCUGUACAUACUGCAUAAUACGGAUUCUGCAACUGGCUAGAUUAUAGACUCUGAGGGUGAUACUCGAUCAAUUAUCUGCAUGUAACACUGGUUCUGUUUUUUUGUGUGCGUGUUAUAUAAUCAAGGUCUGGUUUGCUUUAUGUUUGGAA